CAAGGACAUGCCCCACGAGCUGUUCGGUGAAAAGGGAAGCAUUUCCAGCAUCCGCCUGCCAAGUAACCCCGGGUCGGGCCGCCGUAAGGAUUCGGCUACGUCCGGUACUCGCCCGGUGAUGAGGACGAGCAGUGCUGAGGCGGCUGACCGCCCCGUGCAUCUGGACAUUUCGGAAGCACCGAGGCUAGGCCUAAGGUUGGACACGGCGCGUGUCGGCUAGAGAAGACCCCGAGGUAAUCUGGGGCUGGCCACAUUGUCAUUGCAUUCUGAGUAUUGGUGGAUAGAAACUCCGCAGAGUUAGUUUUCGCUGUUCUUUCAUGCGCUUCACAACUUGCCGCGUGAUUUAUGCUCAACUAUUU